AUGCCACGGAGGUUACAGCCAACACCGGCUUGGCGGCUGUCGGAAUCUCCGGAAGGGUAUCUUACAGAAGAAGCGGUGGCUUUUGAAAUCUGGGAAUGCCACGGAAGGAUAAAGAUGAAAGUCUGGAAGAAUGUUAUCCGGAAAGGGGAUGUUGUUGUUGAUGCCACUUGUGGAAAUGGAUAUGAUACCUUGGCAAUGCUAAGAUUGGUUGCUGAUGCAACGCGUAAAGGUCGUGUUUAUGCAAUGGAUUUACAAAAAGUUGCCUUGGAGAAUACUUAUUCUUUGCUGGAUCGAUCUGUCGAUUCAGAUGAGAGAGAACUAGUAGAGCUUUAUGCCAUUUGUCAUACUAAAAUGGAGGAAAUUGUUCCCAGUGGUGCUUCUGUGAGAUUAGUUGCAUUCAACUUGGGUUACCUUCCAGGAGGUGACAAGAAAUUCAUAACUCAGUCGGAGACAACAGUAAAUGCACUUGAGGCUGCCAAAAGAAUAUUGGCACCUGGAGGACUCAUCAGCAUAGUGGUCUACGUGGGCCAUGCUGGUGGAAGGGACGAGUUUGAAACAGUCCAAGCUUUUGCUUCUGAAUUACCUGUUGACAGUUGGGUCUGCUGCAAACUUCAAAUGUUAAACCGGCCAUUAGCUCCGGUACUAGUGCUUCUAUCUAAGAAAUGA